AUGUACUCGAUCGAUCAAUAUGAUACCACUGAGACGGACAACAGGGCUGUCAGCAUGGCACUCGACGCCUGUCAAGGCCUCCGCCAGCUUCGUAUCGGCUUUCACGCCCCGUCUGAGUACAGAUACGACCAACUGGAUAUACCAGGAGCCCAUCCUCUAAAUGGCGUCACCCUUCAUAUUAGCAAAUAUCUCGACGGCUUCAACCCAAAGUCAGUCGUGGCGCUCAAGAAUCUGCGGAACUUGACAAUCUAUGGAACAUCAGGUCUCCAGAACGCCUGCGUUGUUACUCUAGAGGCUGUUGAACAUCCAAAUUUCAAGAAGGACAUCGUGGAGAAUCUACGACCUGUGUCGAAGAUCAAGGAAGAAUUCAGAGCGAAGGGUCAGAAUGUGGGAAUCACGGCAUUACUGUACUGGCGCAAAGACAAGGAGGGAUUUGAGGGGAACAUCUACGAGUAG